AUGGACGACGCAGCGAAGGAUGCAUACAUCGCCGAAUUGGAAGCCAAGAACAAUCUCUUGGAGACAGGCGUGGGAGCCACGGUAGGGCUCAUUGCGGGAGCCACCGGGAGCAAGAGUACGGCAGUGGAGGCCACCUUCAUGCAAUGGCGUCGAGGGUUUCCUCUCGGCCAACUGAGCGAACGCAACCGUACGCUCUUGUGCCGGACCGUUGGGAUGUCCGAUCGUCGUCGGCAGCCCAUGGUCACGCCCAAGAAGGUCGUGCGACAGGCCCUUGCCGAUAACACGUUGGAGUGCACGGGCAAGCGAAUGCGUGCAGCACAGCGAUUGACGGGAGCUGCAUUGGAUGUUCUCCAGUCAGGGUUCCACAAUGAGGACCCACGCUACAACGCGACCGAGGUGGCCAAGGUCAUGACGGGAUGCGUGUUGCAGCGAGGCGCGGCUAGUCAGCGGGAGCGGAAAGCAACCUUCCGCCCCACCCGACGCAACCGGCGUCAGAACGACGCAGCUUAG